GGGACGGGUACCUGGGAAAGGAUGGCGAUGCGCGGAGGCACGUGAAGUAGCUAGCAGCAGGGGACUCGGUGACGAGAUCGAAAGGGAAUAGGCGGUUCAAGGAAACUCUACACUGGAUGGAUUGGUGACCACAUGUGGACGGAUGAAUGAACGAACGCACGCGAAUCGUUCCCGUCACAGAGCGGUACGUACUGUACAUGUCGAGGGCAACAACGUUAAAGUGGCAGUUGGCAUGGGUUCAUUCCUGCCAAUACCCGCCCAGAGUGGUAGCGAAACCCACACAUCCUGGCAGGAGCUCAGGGGUAGGCUGGCCUGAGAGGGACAAGAUCGUGGAUGGGGAUCCGGAUUGUGCCUUUGUCUUUCUCGGUGCGCUUCGUCCCCUCCCCCUUCUCCGUUCCCGUAGGCGUAGGGCUCGGUCCUGCGUGUCUCGUGUGCCUCGAGGCAAUGCCCUCACCCGACUGCUCGGACGAAGGAAGGGUUCAGAGGCGCGAACGGACGUUGAAGGCGGCUUGUGCCGCGUUCCAAGCAGGCAAGCAAGCUGGAGGCCUAAUAUUGUAAGCAAGGUUCAUGUAUUCAUACGUUGUACGGAUACAUUAGAAAGAGUUUGAAGUCUGGGACCAUGCGAUGCCUAGCCUAGGACUUCUCGUUGCGCCCGUCUCCACCCAGCAUUAGCUUGUUUUGACCGAUCUCUGGCUUCGUAAGAGUCCAGUGUCUUGUCGGCCUAUGUGAAGGUAGUUUGCUCGCUUAACUUCAAGUCGAGUCAAUUUGGGUUGCGUUCUUAAGGCCCGAUACGGGGAAAUAAGAAACAUAGGUUUGAAGCUUGCUUGUUUGCCGUGUCUUUGUCCUGCCGGGUAGUUGUUGGAUGCUAUGAUGACAUGGCACCACCCACUGGCGUACAUAGGUAAUAAGCCAGCAUACGGG